GUAACAUUGUGUUUAAGUGCGCAUGGUCGUUGUAACGGUGAAGCAGUUGUACGUUUUGUGAACCAAGAGCAUAGAGACAUGGCUACGAAAAGACAUAAUCACCAUAUUGGUAGCCGUUAUAUUGAAGUAUAUAAAGCUAAUGGUGAAGACUUUAUAAAUGUUGCUGGGGGUAAUAGUAGUGAAGUCGAAACGUUCCUCGCCAAGGGUGCCCAUGCAAUUGUGCGCAUGAGGGGUUUACCUUAUUAUUGUACAGCUAAAGAUGUCAUUACUUUCUUUGAAAAUGGUGAGCAAACUUCUUCUGUAAUGUAUGGAGAAGAGGGUGUUUUAUUUGUUAAAAAACCUGAUGGCCGUGCAACGGGUUAUGCGUUUGUUCUAUUUGCUGAUGAAGAUGAUGCUUGUAAAGCACUUAGUAAGCACAGAGACCUAAUGGGAACGAGGUACAUUGAACUAAUUAGGUGUACAAAAGCUGAAGUACAACAGUUUUUGAAUCGUGGAAUGGAUCAAUCUGUGCGAUCAACAGCUAGUGAUAGCAUUGGCAACAUUACCAUCCCAGUAACAACAACAGCUGGUGUGAAUAAUUCACCUACUGCACUUCUUGGGCAUGUGCCGCUUCUGCCAUUGCCUCAGCAUGUCAUCACUAGUGGGAUACGAAAAGACUGUAUACGCUUACGUGGACUUCCAUAUGAAGCAAAUGUAGAACAUAUACUUAAGUUCCUCGGAGAACAUUCCAAAAAUAUUGUAUUCCACGGUGUGCAUAUAGUUUACAACUCUGUGGGUCAUGCAUCUGGUGAAGCAUUCAUUCAAAUGAACAACGAGGGCAGUGCUGCUCAAGCAGUAAUGGCUAAAAACCACAAAUAUAUAUCUUUUGGCAAAAAACGACGGUACAUUAAGUUGUUCCAGUGUUCUGGUGAAGAUAUGCAUCUGGUGUUGACUGGUGGAGGUGCUGCGUCAAGAGGUUUAUCCCUAGUAGCUGAUAACGCGCUAUUAUCACCACCUGGUAUGUCACCUAUACAGCAUCUAAUGACCACCAGCCAGGUGGCUAAUACUGGUAUCCCAGUCCCUACCCUAAUGCCCGCUUGGGAUCCAAUGUCCGUUUACGCCCAGAAUUUAGCCCAAACCCAAGCCCUCCAGCGUGCUACUGUGGCAGCUGCCCAACAGGAAUCAUGGUUGUAUCAACUAACUCAGCAUAAUAAUUUAAUCAAUCCUGCUUCACUCACCAAACAGCAACAAGACAUGAAUGGUGGUAUAGCACAACAGCCUAAUAUUCAAUCAAUAUUAUCUCCGAAUGCGGCUCAUCAUUUGCUGGAUAAUAGUGCCCAAAAUUACAUUGCCAAAAGUCCAGCCUCACCUUUUUUGUACUUUAAUAUGCCACAAUUUCCACACAACAUGGCGGCUAAGCCUUAUGUUCCAAUUUCGGCUACUGGAGGUCAGUUUGUCAUGCCGCCAAUGGCCUAUUCGCAACAAAAACGUUCAUGGCAACAAGCAUUUCCUGGUGGCCAUGAAAGUUCCAAUAAACGACAGUUUGCACCUCCGUCUGCUUCUGCUACUGGGCCCAUGUUUCAAAUGGGUCAAGGCCCUACUGAAGCUGCGACUGCAGCCACAACAGUUGCCAUGGCCACAUCGUCUCCUUUUCUACAACACCCUGCACAAUUUUAUACCAUUUAAGUUCUUUCCACCACUCUGUUUUCUCUCCCU